AUGAUUGGAUUAGUGCUGUGUGUGUUAUCUAAAAUUUAUGAUCUGGCGAAAAACGCUAACUACCAUGACAAGCCUGCGAUUACGACUAAGAAAAAAAACAUCAAGCGAUCAAAGAAGAGAAGGAGGCGAAAAGGGCCACCGCCACGGCUGGGGUUGAAGGCAGCGAGCCCCGGGGCGGCAGGCGUGGAUGAGGACUGCAACAGCAACACAAGCCUCACCGGUAGUCAGCACUCUGCGCACGAUGAACUCGAUGCGCACUGCGAUAACUCCGGCUACCUAUGGUUCCUCGACUACAAUCCAAUAUAUCGAGACAGUUCCUGCCACCACACGUCCGUACUCUCUUCCGUGUCGGCCUCGUACAAGGGCAUAAGCGAGUUGACCUCUCGCUUCGAGUUUACCUCCCGGUACAACGACAUCGCCCGCGACCUCGACGCCAAUCUCGCCGAGGCUGACAUGGAGAGCUUCAGGACAGAAGACAUUCACGCACUCCUAAUGACCGCCAACUUGCCGCACAACGCCAUAGUGGAUGAUAGAACACACGAUAAUAACCCACAAGGCGAGAUGUUCGCGAGCAUCUCAAGCUCUCUCAUGGAAAAGUUUCGGUUCGACAGUUCUAUCAGUGGCCACAGUAGUUUUCAGGGUGAAGAGUCCGUUGGAUCUAUCAACACGAUGUCAAUAUGCAAAUCGGAGCUCCUAUUUUCGCCCGUCAAGGAGGGCGGCCACGGUGUACACUUCAGCGUGGAUAGUCUCGAUUGUGAGUUACCAACGGAGCAGGACCUUAUCCUCACCUGCCAGGCCAAUAAGGACAACUACACCAUAGCCUUUGAAGGCAGCGUCACCAUUUACUCCGAGGACAGUGAGUGCGCCGAACCAGCCGUCAAUCAAAGACAUGACAAAUUAGGUAAAGAAGAAAUUAACAUAGCUACAGAGAGUGAUGAAAGAACGCGCAGGAAUUUAGAAUUAUUAGAGAGAUGUAAAAAAUUGACAAAUAAACUAACUACGUCUAUGGCUAGAAGUGAUUUAGGAUUAACUACGUGGAGUAAACUUAAGAAACAAACCAGUCAGUCCCCUUUAAGGAGGCACCCAUCCGGUAACAAUAAUGAAGACUCAAAUGAUACGACUAAUGUAACAAGCGAAAUGAAUAAUUCAGUUAUUAAAAGCCAAAGUUUGCCAAAUCUUUAUAGAAGAAAGCUCAUGAACAGCUCGAUCGCAUCAGCCGCACUAAGCAACUCCACGGUCGAUUCUUUCACCACCAAUCAGAGGCUUACGGGCACAUCAACAUGUAUGAAAGUAUACGAUGUAUCUCAAAACCGAUCCUCUCACGGAAGUCAACACUCAGAACCAAUGAGCACAUCCUCGACGGAAAAUCACACUUCAUCAGAUAAAAGUCAACCAAAACAAUCUUUUAACCUGGUAAAAUUAUUUAUGAAACAAAAAAGUACAAGUAACGAUGGAAUCGUUACCAUGGAUCAGUUGGAUAAAUCUGAAUGUUGGCCUUCAAGUUCUGGCGGCGAAAGCGGAGAGUCUAUAGGAGAACAUAAAAUAGAAGAUUUAAAAAGGCCACAAAUAGAACUACCUAAUGAUGAAAUCGAAGAAAUAUCUGAUGUUUACGAGGAGAUAAGACCAACUAAUGCCUAUAGCAGAGUCUCUAAAGAAAUACUAAUUGAAGAAGAAGAAACUGGUGACGGCAAUAAGUUAAGCGAUAGUGAAUCUAAUCUGUACGCCGUUAUAAAUAAGCCGCACUUCAGAAGAACGAACUUAAACGUGAAUAGCCCUUCGAAAAUGAGACUUACUAGAAAGUCGUGCUCUUCUCAAUCUUCUGCAACAAGUGUAAGCAUUUCUAGUUGCUCAGAAUCAGACGGCACGCAAAUAACUAGAAUGAACAAAGUUGCGCAAAAAGAACCGUUAGAUAAUAAAGCAACAUCUACUCAUCUUGAAAAUGAUACGCUAGACAAGAGCAUACAAACUUCGAGUAUGCAAGUAUCAACCAUGUCACGUGAUCGAGAAUUGUUUAAAGUCAUAGAGCCCUCGUUCCUAGAAAAACUAAAAGAAGGAGAUUGUGAGAAACCAGUUUUCGUUUUAUAUCCUAACUAUACACUGCCCGAUAUCAGCUUUUUAAAUGGCAGACCAAACAUUUACUUAAAUCCCUUAAAAGUAAAUAUAUCACCAAAAUCAGACAGCAAGAGAAGUAAGAUGCAAAUUAAAGGCAAAAGACCUUUUUCAUGUAAUGAUGUAGAAGUGCUGAAGAAAAAAGGUCUUGGUCACAUCAAGGACUGGGACUCCCUCAACUUUUUGUUACCUUUAGAAUGUAAACAGCUUUUAUCUGAAAUGCCUGAAUUGAUGCAACACAUGAAGGAAAAAGAAGGUAUGUCGAAAUGUACUGAUAGAUAUUGUAGCGCUUCUCCAUUCUCUAAAGCUAAAAACAGACCAUUGAGUUGUGAUUGUAACAAUUUGGCAGGAAACACAACUGCGGUGUCAUCGAGCUCGAGUACAGCAACUCAACCCUCUUCAGGCUACAGAGGUUCAUCUACAAUGCUUACUGAUUCUUCAGCGCAAAACAGUCCAGCUCCUGUUGGGAAUUUCAACCCAUUAUUUGUAUAUCGUUAUGAUUCUGCUACUAGUUCAGAAGCUAGUUGCGUAAACAACGAUGGUCAGAGAAUUAACCCUUCUAUACCAAAAAGAUCUCUCUCCAUGGCUGAUCAAACUCGAUUGGCGAAACAAAGUGAGUUAGUGCCACCAAGGCCACCGUUACCAAAGAGUAUAUUACGCAAAUCGAUAGAUAAAACUCGAAAAUCGAACUCACAUACAAAGCGAUAUAGCAUGUUUGAAUUAGAUGAAUUUAUGCAGGGCCCUACUAUAUGUGCAACAGCUAUUACAGAACAAAAAACAAAAAGGAGGUCUCUUCAAGAACCUUACUAUUUGCAAAAUCAAAAUUUUGAUUAUAGAAAAAACAAUGAUUUAGCAGCAAAGAGACUAUCGCAACAGUUCCUUGAUGCAGCAGAAAAAGAUGCAGAUUAUAACGAGUAUUACCAAGAUGAAGGUGUAGGCACUGAGAGUAGUUUAGAAUCAGGGAAAUCUAAUGAGUUAAAAUUCCACCGGCCGCAUACGCCACCCAUGCCUAAGCCGAGGACAAAGAAAAUGGAGUACAUUGAUUUCCCGCCCCCAGGGGCAUUAAUCAGCAGUGCCGAUCUACAACAACUAGAAGAGUUCCUCAAGCAAAGCGGAUUUAACUGCCAAAAUAUGGAUGAAUGGGACCAGAAUCAAGUGCAAAAGGUAAGAAGUCAGGUCACCAAGUUCCUUCAAAUGAAACGAUCUCAAGAAGAGAAUCAGAGAUCGACAGAUUCUAGCGAAAGUAGCUGCAACAGCAAGAAAUCAGUUAGUUUUGCACAAAAGUCUGAUGCAAAGGUUGAUGGUCCACAGACUCAACUUAAAGCUAUGGAUGAACUUAAAGUAGGAUGUCUCUCAACCCCACCCAACUCGCCUAAUAUGUCUGCUGCUAUAACACAGAGACACUAUCAGGGAAAGAAUUUAGCCGAAAUACCAAUCUGUGAAGAAGCAGAAGUGAGUCCUGAUGAAUUUAGCAAUCCCACGACGCAUCGCGAGGGAAGAUCGAAGUAUGAUAUUAUAGACGUUUCACAAAAGAGAGCUCUUGUUUCGAACGUUACGGAUGCGGUGGAAAUGCUUAUACAGCAUUUCUCCUCUGCAACCGACCAAGCGGAGUUGGCUUUCUUGGGGGAUUCCAAACAGUCUCCAGCGUGUGCGAAGAUUGCUCUUAACGCAUUGUGCCCUGCUCUAUACGCGAUAUUCAGAGACGGCCUCAAAGAGAGUAUCGAAACUUCAUUCGGGGCCGUGAACAACUCCGUUUGGCAAAUGGUGGAAGCAACGGCUAGACAAGGUCCGAUAACAAAGUCGCUCAAUGAAUUAGUAUUAAGAAUAAACAGUGAAGACGCCGUAACGGAAGGGCUUGUUAAAUUCAACGCAUUCAUUCUGGGACUUCUUAAUGCACAGACAGUCGACGCAUGGGUGUCCUACGUGCGAACGAGGGAAUCCAUUUUGGCUAAGCAUUAUGGCCCGGAUUCGAUUAUAUUAGCUGGCUGCAUUGGCGAACCGCGAUGCAGGGCGCUUUUGGAUACAUUACUAGCUAGUUUGGAACCUCUGAAACUACUGCCCUUCUCAUUAGAUCUGAUGUUCGAAAUGAGAGAACUUCAUAGAAGCUUCAAGAGGAUCGAAAGCGAAAUGCGUGCCGCCAGCCGACCUUCUGCGAUUAACACCCCACCACUAACACUGAAUCAGCGGAAUCUGCUAAAGUUGGUCCGAUCGAUGCAGUCCAGCGGGUUGUCGAGCGACGAUUGUCUUACGAGCGUAAUUAUGAGACACAAAGAGCCGAAAAACAGAGAACCGUCCACUCCUGACUUGUUGAAUGAUUCGGCCAAUGUAAAGACAACCGUUGAGAAAAAUCGACCGCGAUCGUGUGUUAAUCCAACGACGAUCGGCUACGAUAUUUGCCCGAGUAACAGCAGAAUCGAAUUAGAAAACAAUCGAAGAUGGUCGGGAGUGCAACUCGGCUCGAAGCUGAUGCAGGCCUUUGACCGGCUUAUCCUAGACGACAGUGACGAUUACACAGAUAGCUUAGAGAAUAACAAGCCCUCCACUAAAGCCGGGAAUGAACCUAAGCUGGAGUGUAGCGGCGAAGAAUGGCGACCUGGUUCAGCGGGAAGUUGUGCGAGUGGCAACACCGGCAAUGCGAGUAGUAACUCCGCUAAUGCUGGCAAUUCGGGCGGCAAGUUUCGCAGGCUGCAGCUCAAGUGGGAAAUGCUCAGUACUGCCGAAAGUCCAGGAACGCCGUCAGGGGAAACGUCUCCGGCGACAACACGAGGCUCGAAAAUCCCGAGGCCAGUGUCGUCGCCAGUACGUCCGCAAGCACCGAAUAUGGCAUCGCCAGCUAAAAACGCGCAACGUGGUAUCCCGGUUCCUGUCCGUAAAGGCACGUCACCCACAACAUCUACUCCUCGGUCAACUUCAGCUCGAGGGACAACUAAUACAAAAAAACCACCGCAGCCAGCUAAUAGAGUGACGCAAGAGAAGCCGGAGAGGAAAAACAUCGCGAACAAAUUGCGAGUGACAAACUCAAGCGACGCUGUUGCUAAAAACACGUCCAAUGCUAAGAAAUCGCCGACGUCGCGCGUGGACGGUGCGGCGUGCGGCGCGGGGGGCGCGGGGGGCGCGGCUCGGCGCCCGUCGUCGCUGCCGUACGGGCGCGCCGCGCCGCCCGCCGCGCCGCGCCGCGCCGCCUCCUCCUCCGCCGCGCGUGCUCACUCCGCCGCCGCCAAGCACAAGUACGUAAGAACGCUUUGGCAUCGACUACCGUCGGAUUCCGGUCACCUGGCGUUCAACGAAGGUGAGCGUCUCCGAUUGAUUUUGGAAGUAGACGACCAGUAUAUAUUGUGUUGUCGCGGAGACCAGAAGGGGCUCGUACCCCGGGACGCCGUGCUGUUCGAGGACUUCUGA